AUGGACGCCUGGGCCACCGUGAUCCGACCCCCGCGGUACCAACUGUCAAGCCGCCGCCCGGGCCGUGGGGGUGGGGCCGUGCCGCGGACUUGGCCCCUGGGGUGUCGGGACCCUAACGGGAGACCCUCCACCCGAAAACACCUCCCGGCCGGCUUCUCUGGCCGCGCCAGGUCCCACCCGCCCCAAUGUGACUCCAGGCAGCCUUCCAGUCCGCACGCAGCACCUCUGAAAAGGUACCCACGGAUGCCCCCGCCUCCCUCCCCGCCCCGACACGGCCAGGGAUGCCCGCCCCCUCCGAGCCCCGCGUCCCCGCCGCCGGGCCGGCCCCCGCGGCCACCCCCGGGAGCCGCGAGCACCGGUGGAGCUCCCGCCAGGUACGCGCGCCGCACCGCGCGGGCUGCGCUCACGCCCCCUCGCCCCAAGGGCUGUCCGCCGCUCGGCCGCCCCAGGCCGGGCCCGCGCCACCCGCGUCCCGUCGCGCCCACCCCGGCCUCCGCCCCCGACCCCACGACUCACUGGUUUCGGAGUCGCGGCAGCCGCCGGAAUUCCGCUCGCCGAGCCCCACCACCCCCCAACAGCCGCCGAAUGAGAAAUUCGGGGCAGAGCAGCGUCGUGGCUUGGCGCCCGGCUCGCGCUCUGAGGCCCGGCUCGUCGGGCGCCAGGCAGAGCCGCCUGUCCGGGCCGUGGUGUUCGCGUCCUGCCCGCUGCCCGGCCGCUGCCCGGCUCGCUGGUGCGAACGCUUCCGACUUGCCACCGCGAGCCUUCCCGGGCUGCGGAGCAUGCCCAGUCCGCGGCCGAGCCGGCCCGGCUUCCCGCGCGACCAGAGUCCGCCUCUCCGGGUGUUCGAGAAGGCCGGGGGAGUGA